GGCCGCCUCUUCUCGUCCUCCACUGCCCGGCGCCAGGCGCCCGACAUCACCCUCACCGUCGAUGGCAAGGAGGUGACCGUGCCUGCGGGCUCGGCGCUCAUCCAGGCGUGCGAGGCAGCCGGCGCCAACGUCCCCCGUUUCUGCUACCACGACCGCCUGGCGAUUGCGGGCAACUGCCGCAUGUGUCUCGUCGACGUCGAGCGGGCACCCAAACCGAUUGCGUCGUGUGCCCAGCCCGCCAUGCCCGGCCAGAAGGUGUUCACGAACACGGAGCGCGUGCACAAGGCGCGCGAGGGUGUCAUGGAGUUCCUCCUGUCCAACCACCCCCUCGACUGCCCCAUCUGCGACCAGGGCGGCGAGUGUGACCUGCAGGACCAGAGCAUGCGCUACGGCUCGGACCGGACCCGCUUCCACGAGAUCGCCGGCAAGCGUGCCGUCGAGAACAAGAACUUUGGGCCCAUCGUCAAGACGAGCAUGAACCGCUGCAUUCAGUGCACGCGUUGCGUGCGUUUCGCCAACGACGUCGCCGGUGUCGAGGACCUCGGCACCUCGGGACGUGGAAACGACCUCCAGAUCGGCAUGUACAUUGAGAAGACGCUCAACUCGGAGAUGUCGGGCAACAUUAUCGACCUGUGCCCCGUCGGUGCGCUCACCAGCAAGCCGUACGAGUUCCAGGCCCGCCCAUGGGAGCUGAAGAAGACGGAGAGCAUCGACGUGCUUGACGCUGUGGGUUCCAACAUCCGCGUCGACUCGCGCGGUGUCCAGGUCAUGCGUAUCCAGCCCAAGAUCAACGACGACGUCAACGAGGAGUGGAUCAACGACAAGACCCGCUACGCAUACGACGGCCUGCGUUACCAGCGCCUCACCACCCCUCUUGUUCGUGAAGGCGACCGCUUCGUCCCCGCCACCUGGGAGCACGCGCUCGAGACGAUCCGCAUGGGCCUCGAGAAGACCGGCGCCAAGGGUGACGAGAUUAAGGCUGUCGCUGGUGCGCUCGCCGACACCGAGUCGCUCGUGGCCCUCAAGGACCUGAUCAACCGCCUCGGCUCGGAGAACACCACCGUCGACACCGCUUCCGGCUCGGACGUUCCCGUCACCGGCGAGGCCAUCCGCUCCAACUACCUCUUUAACACCGGCAUUGCCAACGUCGCGGACGCUGACGCCGUUCUCCUGAUCGGCACCAACCCCCGCCACGAGGCCGCCAUCAUCAACACUCGGUUCCGCGCAUCGUGGCUCCAGCGCCGCCACAACUUCGCCGUCAUCGGCGAGGACUUUGACUCCACGUUCGGCUACGAGAGCCUGGGCAAGAGCGCAGCGGACGCGGCCAAGUUCCUCGAGAACGGCUCCGAGUCCGAGUUCGGCAAGCUGUGGAAGGAGGCCAAGAAGCCUCUGAUCGUGAUCGGCUCGGCAGCCGUCGAGGGCAAGGACGGUGCGGCGCUCCUCAAGGCCGCGGCGAAGCACGUGCUCGCGAACGAGGGCAAGUUCAUCACGCCCGAGUGGAACGGCUUCUCGGUGCUGCAGCGCGCGGCGUCGCGCGCCGCCGCCCUCGACGCGGGCUUCACCCCCUCCCCCUCCGCCGCCAAGGCCACCCCCAAGUUCGUGUACCUCCUGAACGCAGACGACGUCGCCGGCGCCUCGAUCCCCGAGAACGCCUUCGUCGUGUACCAGGGCCACCACGGCGACGUGGGCGCCCAGUACGCCGACGUCUGUCUCCCCGGCGCGGCGUACACGGAAAAGGCGACGACGUGGGUCAACACCGAGGGCCGCGCGCAGAUGGGCCGCACCGCCGUGCCCCCGCCCGGCGCCGCGCGCGAGGACUGGAAGAUCAUCCGCGCCCUCUCAGAGGUCCUUGGCAGCCCGCUGCCGUACGACGACGUCCUCACCCUCCGCGACCGUAUGUGGGACGUCUCGCCCACCCUCGUGCGCUACGACGAGGUCGAGGCGCCCUCGGACGACGUGCUGCGUGCCGGCCUCGCCGCGCUCGCCGACGCAUCCGCCCCCUCCCCGUCCAGCGCCACCCUCGCAAAGCCCAUCACCGACUUCUACCGCACCGACCCCAUCUCGCGCGCAUCUGUCACCAUGGCACAGUGCUCAAAGGCAUUCACCAAGGGCGAGCCAUUGGAUGUCGCCGCCGAGGACGCAAAGCGCGCCACGGCUUAA